UGUAUAUAUCUAUGUUCCGAGAAGAGUCAAGGACUGGUAUUAGGCCUAAUGCCAAGACGUCGGUGUUAAAGUAGAGUAAACGAUUGCGUUGUGCCCUCUAGUUGGUUAAUGAAUCGAAACAAUUAGUUGGACUGUUUAACUCUUAUUUAGCGUCCAAAUUAAUUGAAGUUGCAGUGAUUCUUGAAGCGGAAGGCGCACUGUGAUAUGCAUGCUAAUAAGAUAAACGAGUGGUUUCAAAUGUUUUCUGUGCAUUUGAUGCCUCUCCUUCGUCGUGCAAGGAGGGUGAUGCAAUAUCGGUACUGUAGUACUGCUAAUAUUAGGUUGAAGUCAUUUUUACCAGCUUGAGUCUCGAUCAUUAUGCACUGACAGUUUGAACGGUGCACCUUAUUGAUGUCAUUAAUCACGUGCAAGCAUGAUUGGCUCCUGGGUAGACAUUGCUGAAUCAGUGGUGAAACUCCAGUCAAAUAGCGUACUGUGCCAAAAAAUGUCUGAUAAAAGUUGUUGAAUUGGCACAGUUUAUUAGUAGACCUAUCAGUUGUGAAAUUGAGAGUCAGGAAAGAACAUACUGUGUACAACAAUGGCAACUUUGGAACAGACCAAGGAGACCUUCCGGCGUGCAGAUGCAGUGUGCUUUGAUGUGGACAGCACGGUCAUUCGUGAGGAAGGUAUAGAUGAGCUGGCCAAGUUCUGCGGAGUCGGCGAUGCAGUGCGGGAAAUGACUUGCAACGCCAUGGGUGGGUCAGUUACUUUCAAAAAAGCUUUGACAGAUCGGCUGUCAAUCAUAAAGUGUUCCAGGGAACAGGUCAACAAGCUUAUCACUGACCAUCCUCCCCAGUUGACUCCAGGUAUUAAAGAGCUUGUUGACCGACUGCAUGAGAGAAAUGUGAAGGUAUUUCUUAUCUCUGGAGGAUUUCGCUGUAUCGUGGAACAUGUCGCCAGUCAGCUCAGCAUACCUCAUGACAAUGUCUAUGCAAACCGACUUAAGUUCUACUUCAACGGUGAAUUCGCAGGUUUUGACGAGACUCAGCCCACUGCAGAGUCGGGUGGCAAGGGCCGAGUCAUCAGCAUGCUGAAAGAAAAGUAUGGCUUUGAGAAGGUGGUGAUGAUCGGAGAUGGUGCCACAGAUCUCGAGGCCUGCCCUCCAGCUAGUGCUUUCAUUGGGUUCGGGGGAAAUGUUGUCAGGCCUCAGGUGAAGGAACGAAGCCUGUGGUACGUCACAAGUUUUGGAGAGCUGCUGAAGGAACUGGAAAUGAUUUAACCUUUGCCUGAAGGGAGCUACGUUAUGUUUUCAUGUUUAACUGAAAUAUUGUACUUCUGUGCCUUUUCUAGUAUUUUUUUAUUUCAUGCAAUUUUUAGGCAGAUGCACUUUGUGUAUGGUGGGAUUGUAAAUGAAAGCAUUUGACAUACCUUGAAAUGUUUACAUACAAUAUAAAGAUCCGUCACAAGGAGGUGUUUUUAAAGAUAUUCAGUUGAUUAUUUUAAUUAAACAUUCCAGUGUUUUAUGGCUUUUUU